UGACGGAUAGGUCUCUGCAAAAACAAUCAAGACAGAGAAGCACUGACUUCAACCCAGAGUUGCCUGAUAGCAGGACAUAAAAAGGACUUCUGAGCUAGACGAGAAUCUUUAGUCUGCUCCGUCCACAUCCAGCCAUGUUGUGUGGAUAUACCAGCCGGGCGACUGGUCUGCUCUGUGCUUGUAUUGUGAUGAUGGGAUCUAUGGAACUACCUGUGGACAACAGGAGGAACCUGUGGACAGUCCCUCAGCAGAAGAAUCCAGCUCUUUCAGAGUUCAAGAAGUAUGUACAUCAGUCACAGUCCUUAUCUGCUGGAGAGCAGGAGUUUGUCCUGAGGAGGAAACAAGUAGUUCAGAAAUCACUCAAUAAACUGGGACUCACAUGUACACUGGAUAUGGUUCCUCACAUUGCACUGUUGGGGUCAGGCGGAGGUCAGAGAGCAGCUGUGGGUCUGAUGGGAUCCCUCUUUCAGAUGGAAAAAGAUGGUUUGCUGGACACUGUGCUCUACCUGGGAGGAGUUUCUGGGUCUGCCUGGUCCAUGGCCACCUUAUACAGUGACCACCAGUGGAGCACCAACAUGGACAAUGCUGUGUCCAGGCUGUCGAAGCCUGGGAUUGGGCUUACGGAUGUUCUGAUCUUUUUGGCCAAGAGGGCACAAGAUGGUCACUUCUCUCUCACUGACAUCUGGGGGGUCUUAACCUCUGGUUUCAUCAUGAAACAGUUGGAUGUCCGAAGUCUUUCUGAGGAUGGCACAAGCAUCACCAAUCCUUAUCCCAUUUAUAGCACAGUGAACAAAAACUGCUUGCAACAUGAUUCUGAAAAAGGCAAAUGGUUUGAGAUGACUCCUCAUCAGGCUGGCUUCAUAGAUCUGGGUCUCUUCAUUAACACUCCAAACCUGGGCAGCAGAAUCCAUGGAGCUGGUUCUGACGUCAAAGGGCCAGAACUAGACAUGGUCACGCUGCAAGGCUUAGUGGGGAGUGCUUUAGCAGACGAUGAGAGUGUGGUGACCUAUAUUCUUGACUGGUUAAAAGUUCUAGUGGGGAAGGAAGCUACUGAUGAAAACAACCCGUUGGAGUUUCUCUGGACUAAAGAGGGCAUCAAAAUAAACUACACUGCAUCAUCUGAGAUGAAGCUCUUAGAACUGCAUAAUGUGAUCUUUAAGGACUGGUGUCAGAAAACUUUGGCCUCCUUACAGUCGUGGAGUCAGAAUAUGGAUGAAGGACCAGCCAGAUAUUACGUUUCUUGGUUUAUACAAACACUCAUCGCACAGAUUAAAAAACUGGAAUGGGGCAAAACUGAAAACUUCCUCUACCAAUACCCAGAUGCCAGAGUGCCAUCAUGCAUUAGAGUUAAAGAGUUUCUGCAGCUCAUAGAUGCUGGUGUGAUGAUAAACAUGCCCUACCCCCCCUUCCUGGGAGAAAAGAGAGACACUGACCUCCUUAUUGCUCUGGAAUACGGAGCUGACGAAACCUUCAGGACUCUGAUUCUCGCCAGAGACUAUGCAGCCAAACUGAAGAAACCUUUCCCAAAGUUAGAGGAGAAAUUCCUGAAGGAGAAAGACUGGCCAAGGCCCUGCUAUGUUUUCAAGGGGAAAAAGAAGGAGCCCACCAUCCUUUACAUGCCACUCUUCAACAGGCAGAACUGCAAAGAUGAGAACGAGUUCAAAGCAAAGAUGAAGGAGUUCUCCACCUUCCAGCUUCCAUUCAGCCAGCAGAAAAUCGAGUUUUUGUUGGAGACGGUGAAAGCGAACAUGAAGUACAGCAAGGACACUCUCCUCAGGGAAAUAGCCAAGGCUGUCAUCCGCCGACACAUCAAGGCUUCAGAUGGCGUCCCGCUAUGGUCACUGGCUUCAGAUGUUCAACACUUUACUAGAGUUCUGAAAAGGAGGGACAAAGGUGACAAACAGGAAGCAGCUCAAGCCUAAACCUGAUCCUACGACGGUUUUGAAGUGCUUAUUAUGCGUCUUUUUGUUUUAGCAAUCACAACCGCCGUGAGGCACCAAGCAGGGGGAUUGAAAGGGUUCAAGAAUCCAACAAUUCAGGGUUUAAACAGUAAAUGUUUUGUGGCUCAAUGUAGCAACUUCACAUGUCCACAGAGGAAUGGAAUGCAAUGACACUAUUGCAUU